UCACACCCCGCGCCUACGCAUCGCUUCUCGUCUUCACUGCCCAUUCCCCUCCUCAAGCCCCGAAAGCUCCAACCUAUCGACCGCCCCACGACUCGACGAGGAGUCAAACCUCUCCUCACUCUUCUUCCCUUCUCUUUCUUCUCAUCCCUCGAUCCGUCCUCCCUCUCUCCGAUCCCCCUCUGGGCCCCCUCGCGGCGCCGGGCGGAGAGCGUCGAGCCCGAGCCAGACAUGGGCCCUGGCGGCACCCGCGGAGGCGGAAAAUUAGGGUUCUUGUCCGUGUAAAGAUCCCCAGGAAGAGUUCCAAAUACGAUUUCUGGAAGAGAUGGCAGAAAGUUGGGAUGGUGGCCAUUCAGAUGAUAGCUUCCGUGACAGUCUAUACACUGAGCCUAUAUAUGAAGCAUUUCUUUGUCCCCUUACAAGGCAAGUUAUGAGAGAUCCUGUUUCCAUAGAGAAUGGGCAGACUUUUGAGCGGGAUGCAAUAGAGAAAUGGUUCGAAGAAUGCAGGGAUAGUGGAAGGAGGCCAACCUGUCCGUUGACACACAAAGAGUUGAAGAGUACUGACUUAAACCCCAGUAUUGCUCUGAGGAACACUAUUGAAGAGUGGACCAAAAGAAAUGAAGCUGUCCAGCUUGACAAAGCAUGUAGAACACUGUCUCUCGGGAACUCAGAGAUUGAUGUUUUACAGUCUCUUAACUACAUCACACAUAUUUGCCAGAAAAGCAGGUACAACAAGCAUGCUGUGCAUAAUGCAGAGUUAGUACCAAUGAUUUCUAGCAUGCUGAAGAGUGGCAACAGGAAAGUGCGACUUAAAGCUCUAGAAACUCUUUGCAUCAUAGCUGAAGGGGAUGAUGAUAAUAAGGAAGUUAUAGCUGCGGGUGACAACAUCCGAACGAUUGUGAAGUUUUUGUCACAUGAGCAUUCCCAAGAGAGAGAAGAAGCUGUGUCAUUAUUGUAUGAGCUUUCAAAAUCUGAAUCUUUGUGUGAAAAGAUCGGUGGAGUCAGUGGAGCAAUUCUUAUCUUGGUUGGGAUGGCUAGUAGUAAAUCAGCAAAUAUCUUGACAGUAGAGAGAGCUGAUAAGACAUUAGAAAAUCUAGAGAAGUGUGAGAACAAUGUGAGGCAAAUGGCUGAAAAUGGCAGAUUGCAGCCACUUCUUACCCUUCUCCUGAAAGGGUCACCUGAAACACGGCUGUCAAUGGUUUCUUACCUUGGAGAGCUUGUUUUGAGCAAUGAUGUGAAAGUCUUUGUAGCCCAGACAGCAGGUUCAGUUUUAGUUGAUGUCAUGAAAAGUGGGAGUAAUCUGGCAAGAGAAGCUGCUCUCAAGUCUUUGAAUCAGAUCUCAUCUUAUGAGACCAGUGCAAAGAUACUUAUUCAUGCAGGCAUCCUUCCCCCACUUGUCAAAUACCUUUUCACUGUAGGCGUCAACCAACUACCCAUGAGGAUGAAAGAGGUAUCUGCAACAAUUCUUGCCAACGUUGUGUCCUCAGGUGCUAAUUUUGAGUCCAUUCCUCUUGACCAAGAUCGUAGGACUUUGGUUUCUGAAGACAUUGUUCACAAUCUCCUCCAUCUAAUCAAUAACACUGGACCUGCUAUUGAGUGCAAGCUCCUUCAGGUGCUUGUCGGGCUUACAAGUUCUGCCACCACUGUUGUGAAUAUAGUUGCUGCAAUAAAAAGCUCUGGUGCUACCAUUAGUCUCAUUCAGUUUGUUGAAGCUCCACAGAAAGAUGUUCGAAUGGCUUCUAUAAAACUUCUGCAAAAUAUAUCUCCCUACAUGUGCCAAGAGCUGGCUGAUGCUUUGCGUAGUACUGGUGGCCAGCUCAGCAGUUUGAUUAAUGUCAUUGCAGAGGACAAUGGGAUCUCUGAAGAGCAAGCUGCUGCUAUCGGACUCCUUGCUGACCUUCCUGAGAGUGACACUGGUUUAACUAGGAGGCUCUUGGAGGAAGGUGCUUUCAAGAUAGCCUUCUCCAAAGUGGUCAGUAUCAGGCAAGGGAUAACUCGUGGGGGGCGCUUUGUCACUCGGUUUCUGGAAGGGCUUGUUAGGGUUCUCUCCAGGCUCACAUAUAUUCUGGAGGGUGAACCUGAGGUCAUUGCCCUUGCUCGUGAGUACAGUCUUGCCUCACUCUUUACUGAUCUGCUUCAGAUGAAUGAACUGGACAAAGUGCAAAGAGUUUCGGCACUGUCACUGCAAAAUCUCUCCAAGCAGUCAAAACAUCUGACACAGGUCCCAGUCGCUCCAGAGCCACGAUUUUUCUGUUCCAUAUUUCCUUGUCUAGGCAAGCAACCAGUUAUAACCGGGCUAUGUCGAGUCCAUCAUGGUUUCUGUUCAAUAAAGCAUAGCUUCUGUUUGUUGGAAGGGAAGGCAGUAGAAAAGUUGGUUGCUUGUUUAGAUCAUACAAACGAGAAAGUUGUUGAGGCUGCUUUAGCAGCAUUGUGCACUCUUUUGGAUGAUGAUGUGGACAUUGACCAAGGAGUAUCGGUGUUGGAUGAGGCGGAUGGGAUUAAACCAAUUCUGGAUAUAUUGCGUGACAAUCGAACGGAGAUACUUAGGCAGAAAGCUGUGUGGGCGGUUGAGAGGAUUUUGAGGAAUGAUGACAUAGCUAAUGAGAUUGCGGGGGAUCAGAAUGUUGGGACAGCAUUAGUUGAAGCAUUUCGGCACGGGGACUAUAGGACGAGGCAAAUUGCGGAGCGAGCACUGAAGCAUGUGGAUAAGUUACCCAACUUCUCUGGGAUUUUCACAAAAAAAGGGGGAUAAGAGGUGGAAGGAUGAAAGGGUUUAAAGGGUGUUGAUGACCAAAUUACCUUCUUGGUGACUCCAAAGAGAGAGAGAGAGAGAGAGAGAGAGAGAGAGAGAUUGUAGAACAAGUGCCAAAGACGCAUGAAAUUUGCGUAGCUUCUCUCGGUUAUGUCCAAGGAUGUGCUGCUGAUGGCCGAGAGAAAGAAUUGAAUGUUCGGUUGUAUAUGGACUUUGAAUGUACGUUUGUCUCUCUCUGUCCAUUAUGUUUCACAUUCGAAAUUGGUUAGAGAUAUAAAAUGACUUACUGAGAGUCAUCUAGUGUGGUCGAGUUAGAUGUUGUGUAAGCAUGCAGGUUGCUUAUAUAUGAUGUAUUUUGCAAUAAAGGUUUCAUGGCAUGCUAGAAAAGCAAUAGGGUUA